GCAAGCUAUUGAGUCGACCCUGUACCAACUCUAUACAUGCACGAUCGAUCGAAGUGUUACAAUGCCGAUAGAGAGAUUAACUGUGAGCUGCUUAGAAGAGCUGCUAGCCAAGGUGGGUGAAUGGAAGAGCAAGGCAGACAAGAUCUACCUGUUCUUUUGUGGAGACAGAGACAAAGCAACAGGAGAGAGCUGGUGUCCUGACUGUGUGAAAGCUGAGCCUAUAGUGGAGAAGGUCCUGGAGAAACCAGGCGUCAGUGGGGUGUUCAUCAAAUGCAUCGUAGGAAACAGAGACUCGUGGAAAGACCCACAGAAUGUGUUUAGACAGCAUCCUGACCUGCAGCUCAAAGGCGUACCUACUCUGAUGCUAUGGGGAACGCAAAAGAAACUAGGAGAUGAAGAUUGUUCAAAGGCGUCCCUAGUUGAAAUGAUGUUUGAAGAUGACUGAUUCAUUGAUUGACUUUAUACAUGUACAUCAUACUAUAUUGAGCUUGCAAAGGUUUAGCCUCAGUCCAAUAGAACGAAGUUGAAAAA